AUGGCUGAAAACACGCGUUUAAGGGAUCUGUCACAACGUUUUGAAACUUUGGAUGAACAAUUUCGAGCUGCAGAGACUGUUCGUGCACAACAGUAUUUGGGUUUGCAAGAAUCCAACUCUCAGUUGCAGGAGUCCUAUCUCCACUUACAGGAAUCUCAGAACCGUUUACAUGUAGAUCUGGCUCGUCUUCUGGAGUUGCAACAAAAUUCUCCGGGACGCGGAAUUUUGGGUUCUGGUCCGCAUGGUAAUGAUAAUUCCAGAGCGCGCCAAGUCAAGCUUGAUUUUCCUCGUUUUUCGUCAGGUGAUCCAACUACUUGGAUCGUGGCUGCGGAACGAUAUUUCACCUUCUACCAGGUUCCCUUACCAGAUCGUUUAAAUUUAGCUGCCUUCCAUUUAGAUGAACCUGCUGCUAGUUGGUUUUAUGGUUCGGAUCAAAAUGGUUUAAUGCCUGAUUGGCGCACAUUUUGCACGGCUGUUCUUCGCCGUUUUGGGCCCUCUGAAUUUGAUGAUCCUGCAGGAGCCUUGGUUAAAAUUCAUCAAACUGGAUCUGUGUUGGAUUACCAAUCCACAUUUGAAAAACUAGUGAGUAAGGUGCCUGGCCUUACAGCUCCUUUGCUACGGAGCAUUUUUAUUUCUAGUUUAAAGGCCCAUAUAUGUCGCCUUGUUUUGACUCAUAGACCUCAAGAUUAUCAUGAGGCCUUUUCUCUGGCACGUGUGUAUGAGGAUCAGUCUUCUGACUAUAAACCUUCGCGCACCUGGUCUAAUCCACCAAAACCUCCACCGAACCAGAUAAGCUCUACUCUAAGCUUAACCAACAAACCGCAUUCUUCUCUGCCCUCUUCGGGUCCAUUGGCUGCCAUUCCUAUUCGUCGGCUUUCUCCGACUGAGAUGCAGGUGAAACGUGAGAAGAAUUUAUGUUAUACAUGUGACGAACCAUAUUCUUUUGGUCAUAAGUGUAAGGGUCGUGCUACUCUUCUGUAUAUGGAAGGAACAGAUGCUGAUCCGGAUGAUAGUUUUCAGGAGGAGGUUGUUGAACUCCCUACGCAUGAUAUUACUUCCGAAAUCAGCCUCAAUGCUCUUUUUGGCCACAACUGCUCGCGGUCUUUUCGUCUCACAGGGUCACUACAAGGGAAGCCUAUUCAAACUUUGGUGGAUGGGGGUAGUACCCACAAUUUUAUAACGGAGCGUAUGGCUAAUUUCCUUGAUCUCACCUUGCAACAGGUGUCCCAUUUCCUUGUACAGGUGGGCAAUGGAGAUGCUUUGCGGUGUCAUGCUUUUUGUCCUGCUGCCUCUUUACUGCUUCAGUCCCACGUUUUUGUUGUGGAUCUUUAUGUGUUGGAUCUCAAAGGGGCGGAUGUGGUAUUAGGGGUCCAAUGGCUUGCGACUCUUGGGCCGAUUGUCACAGAUUAUUCUAAAAUGACUAUGACUUUUCAACAUUUGGCCACAACGGUCAUUUUACAUGGCAACUCAAAUAUUGCACCCACACCGACUACUAAUGCUCAGUUCCAAAAAUUAAUGGUCCAGAAAUCUGUCUCUUCAUGUUUUAUGUGUCUCAUUAGUAAUGUACCAAACCAGCUUUCUAUACCCGCUAAAGCCCAAACACCUCCCUCUAUUCAACAAAUUUUACACAAGUUCCAAGAUGUCUUCGCCACCCCUUCAUCUUUACCCCCUGAUAGAAACUGUAAUCAUUCCAUCAACCUCUUCCCAAACUCGAAACCUGUUCAAGUAAGACCCUACCGAUAUCCACAUUUUCAGAAGACGGAGAUUGAGAAAAUGGUUGCUGAAAUGUUGGAUACUGGUAUUAUUCAGCCCAGCCGUUCACCUUUCAGUUCACCGGUUAUUUUGGUCAAAAAGAAAGAUGGGACGUGGCGUUUUUGUGUUGAUUAUCGCGCCCUUAAUACCAUUACUAUUCCGGAUAAAUUUCCUAUUCCUACAGUUGAUGAACUGAUUGACGAGUUGCAUGGUGCCCAGAUCUUUUCAAAGCUUGAUCUUCGGUCAGGCUAUCACCAAAUAAAAAUGAAUCCACUGGAUGUUCACAAAACGGCAUUUCGAACCCAUAGCGGUCACAUUGAGUUUCUUGUGAUGCCUUUUGGGCUGUCUAAUGCCCCGUCUACCUUUCAGGCCGCUAUGAAUCAUAUAUUCACUGGGUUUUUGCGUCGUUUUGGGCCACGUGAUUUCGGCAGCUGGGGUUAG